AUGCAGAACUGCGGAGGCGGCUCCAUUGGGGGCAUCGGGGCUCGGAGAGCCUUCGAUAGUAUCUGUCCCAAUAGGAUGCUUGAUCUGUCCAGCCGGCAACUCAGGAAAACUGAGAAAUUUGAAAAGUUCGUGCCCCCGAAGAAGUUCUUUGAGAGCAGCAGCCCCAUCUCAGUUUACACCGACCCCCCGGAAGCGGAGCUGGCAAGUUUGCCAGCCUUGACUACGAUUGACUGGCAGGAUUUCGCGGAUUGUUCCUCACUCCUCCACGAAGAGAGCUCCCCUAGCUGUGAUGCUGCGGCGUCACAGAGCCACUGUCCACAAACAGAACCCGAAUUUGAUCUGCAGGAUUUCAGGGAUGCAGUGGAUAACCUCAUAUCAGACCCAUCAUCUUUGAUGUCAUCUCCCAUGGGUCCUGAAGACUUUUCCUUCCCUUCCUGCGAUGUCUCGCCCUUUGGUUCCUGCAUUUCUCCCCAGCCUGAGCACCCUGCGCCUUCCAUGAGCAUUCAGGGUGUUCCUCAUCCGGAGCAGUACUGGAAAGAAGUGGCAGACCAGAACCAGAAAGCCCUGGGAGAUGCCCUGGUAGAAAAUAAUCAACUGCAUGUGACACUGACCCAGAAGCAGGAGGAGAUUGCGUCCUUGAAAGAAAGGAACAUUCAGCUAAAGGAACUGGCCAGCAGGACUCGGCAUCUGGCUUCUGUCCUUGAUAAGCUGAUGAUCACCCAGACUCAGGAUUGCAGGGCCGCUCCGGAACCCUUCCUGCUCAAAGCCUCUGCCAAGAGGAGCCUGGAGGAGUUGCUCACCGCCAGCGGCCAGGACGGCGCCGAGGUGGACGCGAUCCUGCGGGAGAUCUCGGAGCAGUGCGACGCUGCUCUGCAGAGCCGGGACACGAAGCGGCCCCGGCUGCUGCAGCCGGGACCUCCCGACGUUGCCGCUCAGCCGCCGGCGCUCCUGCACGGGGCCUUCCGCGGGCUGCGGGCGGACUGCGGCCAGGGAGCCCUGAACCUGAGCCAUAGCGAGCUGGAGGACAGCGCCUGCUUCCGCACCCCGAUUCGGGACCACGGCACCAUCCGCACGUUGGCUUUCCCCCAGGGCAACGCCUUCACUAUACGGACCGCCAGCGGGGGAUACAAAUUCCGCUGGGUGCCCAGCUGA